AGUAUAUGUCCAAAACACACAAAGUGAUCGAAAUUCCAUCUCUACAAAAUCACAAGAGACCCUGGAAAUGGAAAUCUGUUAAUUAAACCAUAACAUUUACAUCACAUUGAUCCAAAUCCCUCCAAUUCCAAUUCCAUGGCUACAUUCCCCAUUUCCAGAUCCACAUUACCCUUUAACCUCUUAGUUCUUGUACUCCAUCUACUCUGUCCCAUUUCCACUUUCUCGCUUGUAACCCUGACCAGCAAAAACCCCAACUUCGAUCCCCAAAUUACCCUUCUCGGGGACGCCAAAGUCUCCAACGAUGGCUCUCACGUGCUACUCACCAGCCCAUUUCCGUCAAGUUCUGGUCUUCUCAUGUACAAACACCCUUUCAAAUUUCCGAGCUUCAGUCCUGCCAAAGCGACAUCGUUUUCCACUGAGUUCUCGUUCUCCAUUUCCGGUAAAGGCAAUGGUCUUUCUCUUUUAAUGGGGUCUCGUAAUUUUGCAUUAAGAGUUCUGGGUCAGGGUAAAUCUGGGUUCUUGAGUGAGAAAAGUUAUCUGGGUGUUGAAAUUGGCUCUUUAAGUGAUAGUAAUGUGGGUGAUUUCAACGCAAGUCUUGUAGCUGUAGGUGUUAGCAAUGCAUCAUCAUCUGUGCAUUUAGAGACAAAUACUGGGGAGAAGUUGAAAUCUUGGGUCGAUUAUAAGGUGUCUUUGAAAAGAUUAGAAGUUAGGUUAAGUAAAGUGGGUGAUGAAAGGCCACACAAUCCAACUAUUGCAUAUUCAAUUGAUUUAUCAAAAACGUGGGGAGAUAAUGAGGUUUAUGUGGCCUUACAGUCAUUUAAUGGGAAAUCUUUAGAGACUUGUAUUGUGUACUCAUGGAGGUUUAGAUUAAGAAAGGUGCCUAAUCGGAUGCAUUCAUUGCCAGCCGAUCCACAUGGUUAUGUGGAUGAGCCUAAUGAGGAAUUAAGAGUGCAUAAGAGGAGGUUUUGUCCCUUAUCAGUUCUUGCUGGGAUAAUUUUUGUGACUGGGUGCGGAGCGAUGUUGGCAUUUGCGGUUCUGUUUGUUUGGGCAGUUUUUGUGAACAGGCACACAGUUUUUCCAACAAAGGGUAAUGUGAAGCCAGUUGAUUUCAAGUAUGAGAAAAUCAGUGUAGUUGUGGAGAAAGAUGGGGAAGUUGUUAAGAGUUGAGAAUUAGAGCAUGUAGUAUUUAAACUUCUGCUGUGAGUUUAAGUUUUUUCUGUGCUUGUUGUUACUAACCUAUGCGGUUGAAGAUUGUGAUUACUUCUUUUCUGUCUAGAUGUCUAGCUGGAUGCAAAUGGAUUAUGUUACUGUUAUUUAUGUUGCAACGUGAUCAAUUUAAGUAUUUGACAUUUGUACA